CAAGGUGUCGGGCCCUCAGGGGCCCUGAAACAUCUGAGGACCUCUAACAAUAAAUAAAUAAAAUACUUCAUGAACUAAAAGUCUUCUUUAAAUAUUAUAUUAACAGAAGAUAGAAAGCUGAAUAGAGCAGGAUUGAACAUGAGGAUUAACCCGUCACUAAAAAUAGUCCCAACAAACUUCUUCUAUAUAAAAACAUCAGUCAUAUUAGGCCUAUCUAUUAUGUUAUUAUAUUAUUUGUAUUAUCUGAUGUUAUAAGUAGUGACUCGUGUCUUUUCACCGUGAAAAUAAAACUUCUUUUUAAGACUCGGGCUGCUGUUGCCGUGGCAACGUGACCUUCACAGCAGCUCACCGACAGACUGGACCAACUGUUAGAACAUCUGUUGCCUGGCAACAGCAGCCUGUUGAUGGACGCAGAAACAGAGUCGUUGUUUGUUUGUUCAUUUGUUUGUUUGUUUAUUGACAGCAGCGGCAGCAGCUUCAUGCAGAACGAGAGAACAUCAACCUGCACAGCCAGCGUCUCGUCUCUAACCUGUGGAGAGUGAUGUCUGUCUGCUGCUUUGAGGUCGCUGCAGCCUGAUAACAUCAAGGCUGGCUGACGGAGAUAAACACACACACUCAGGGUCAGGACAACAGCACACACACCUGACCUCUGACCUCUCCAAGGCCUCUCCAUGUGGGACGGACAGUUUAAAAGCAGGGCUCGUCAGCGUCCGUCUCCAUUCUCCUCUCAGCAUGUCCUCCCGUCUCCUGUCCUCUCUCUCAUCUCUCCCCCUCCCUCCCUCCUCCCUCCUCCUCGUCCUCCUCGCCGCGGCCGUGCUCGUCUUCUUCCUGAUGACGCAGCGACUCAGACCGGCGUCCUCCCGUCCCGGAUCCAUCCCCGGCCUGCCGAGGCUCCCGGUCCUGGGCAGCCUCCCCUGGCUGGGAGGAGGACUCCCCCCUCACCUGCUCUUCACCCAGCUGGCCCGCAGGUACGGCUCAGUGUUCAGCCUGUUUCUGGGUCCUCACUACACGGUGGUGGUGAACAGCCAUCAACAUGCCAGAGAGGUGCUGCUGCAGAGAGGGAGGGACUUCGCCGGGCGGCCCAGCAUGGUGACCACCGACCUGCUGACUCGAGGAGGUAAAGACAUCGCGUUCUCAGACUACACUCCUCUGUGGAAGCUCCACCGCCGCCUCGUCCACAACUCCUUCACUCUGUUCGGAGAGGGAACCAGUCGGCUGCAGGACAUCGUCCUGUCCUCUGUGGACAGUCUGUGUGCUGAGCUGUUGUCCAACGGGCGGCGAGGCUUCGACCCCUGUCCCGCCGUGACUCGGGCCGUCACUAACGUGGUGUGCACGCUGGUGUUCAGCGCCACCUACCAGCCCGGAGACGCCGAGCUGCAGGAGGUGAUCCGCUACAACGACGGCAUCGUGCAGACGAUCGCCAGAGGAGGACUGGUGGACAUCUACCCAUGGAUGAAGGUCUUCCCUAACCGCUGUCUCAGCAGACUGAAGGACUGUAUCUCCAUCAGAGACAGACUGCUGGCUCGCAAACUGGAGGAGCACAAGGCAUCCCUGAGUGACGGGGACCCCCGGGACCUGCUGGAUGCUCUGCUGCAGGGUCAGGGGGAGGAGACAAUGACGGACGACCACGUGCUGAUGACGGCGGCGGAGGCUUUCGGCGCCGGCGUGGAGACGACGUCCACCACGCUGCUGUGGAUCGUAGCGUACCUGCUGCACCACCCCGAGGUCCAGCAGCGCGUGCAGAAGGAGCUUGACGAGCAGGUGGGCAGCGAUCGGGCGGUGAGCGUGUCAGACCGCGGCCGGCUGCCGUACCUGGACUGCGUCAUCAACGAGGGGAUGAGGAUCCGCCCGGUCAGCCCGGUGCUGAUCCCGCACACCGCUAUGACCGACAGCAGUAUCGGAGGUCACUCUGUCAGCCGUGGGACUCGUGUUUUGGUGAACAUGUGGUCGAUUCAUCACGACCCCGAACACUGGGACAAACCAGACCUGUUCAACCCAGAUCGUUUCCUGGACGGCGGCGGCCGGCGGGUCACGCCCCCCUGCUUCCUGCCGUUUGGGGCGGGGCCUCGGGUGUGUGUGGGCGAGUCCUUGGCCCGCCUGGAGCUCUUCCUCUUCCUGUCAUCGCUGCUGCAGAGAAUGAGCUUCACGCUGCCGCGCGGGGCCGCCCCACCAGACCUUCAGGGGCGGCUGGGCGUGGUUCUGCAGCCGUUACCUUAUAAGGUCGUUGUCACUCCGAGGGCGGGGUAGGAGG